CUUCCUGAAGUAGAGAGGGCAAACUAGAAAAAGUCAGCAACUCCUAACUUCUCAAACAGCUGCUGUAAGGCAAAACUCUACAUUAUACAUUUUGACAGAGCCUUGCCAAUUACUUGGCAAUUAACUUUCACAGAACGGACAGGAAACAGGAUUUUAAUCUGUUCUAAGGGGUUACUGCAUCAAGAAGUUAUUUGCAGGACUUACUGCCUGAAAUUUGAAUUAUACAAAAGGAUGGCUCCACCCCUCUCUCAAGCGUAUCGCCGCCGUUGGUGGAUGGCAAGCACUGCUGUCCUGGAAAAUCUUCUUUUCUCUGCUGUGCUACUUGGCUGGGGUUCAUUGCUCAUCAUGCUCAAAAAUGAAGGGUUCUAUUCCCACGUGUGCUCAGAGGACAAUACUACAAACCAGUCAAGUCACCACCACUUGAUCCACACAGCUGAUCUCACCACAAACCACACAGACUGGUUAAGCUGCGUAGAGCAGGAAGAGAUCUUAAACCUUGGCUUCACUAUUGGAUCAUUCGUACUGAGUGCCACUACUCUUCCCCUUGGAAUCCUCAUGGAUAGGUUUGGGCCAAGACCACUGCGACUUCUUGGAAGUUUCAGUUUUGCACUAUCCUGUGCAAUGAUUGCAGUCUCUUCCUAUAAUCCACCAGUUCUUUCAGUAUUGAUCUUCCUGGCACUCUCACUGAAUGGUUUUGGCGGGAUUUGUCUGACCUUUACAUCUCUCACGCUUCCAAAUAUGUUUGGAAACCUGCGAUCCACUUUCAUGGCACUGAUGAUCGGCUCUUAUGCAUCCUCCGCAGUGACCUUUCCAGGAGUCAAGUUGAUCUAUGAUGCAGGUGUGUCUUUUAAAGUCAUUAUGUUGACCUGGUCUGGGCUGGCAUGCCUUGUCUUCCUGAACUGUUUCAUCAACUGGCCAGUGGAGUCCUUCCCUUCUCCAGAAGAAGCUAAUUACACAAAAAAAAUCAAGCUCAAGGGUCUAGCCGUGGACCACAAGGUGACUGGCGAUCGUUUCUACUCACAUGUUACCACUGUAGGACAGCGACUAAGCCAAAAGCAUCUUGUUGGAGAGGAAAACAAGAAUUUCUCUUCAGCUGAGGAUGUAAGACAGACUACCCAAGAGUCGGUCCCUUUCUGUCACAGUGUUUGCUCACCCAUUUUUCUCUGGAGCCUUGUCACAAUGGGCAUGACACAGCUGCGCAUUAUCUUUUACAUGGGUGCUAUGAACAAGAUGCUGGAGUUUCUUGUGACUGAUGGUGUGGAUCCUGUACCUGAUGACUUGGCCAAAGAAAGUAACACAACUGUUGGGUUUUACGCUUCCAUAUUUGGAGUGCUGCAGUUUCUGUGUCUGAUGACCUGCCCAUUCAUUGGCUAUGUCAUGGACUGGAGAAUGAAGGAAUGUACUGAUGGACCCAUACCGCUGGAAGCUGACGGUGUUACUGAAAAGAACCCAAGGAAAUGGCGAGACCGAAAAAUUCAGAAAAUCACAAAUGCUAUUAGGGCCUUUGUCUUAACUAACUUUAUACUGAUCGGGUUUGGGAUCACCUGUUUAAUCAAGAACUUACCUUUACAGUAUUUGACCUUCAUACUCCACACGAUAGUUCGGGGCUUCUUCCAUUCUGCCUGUGGUGGUCUGUAUGCAGCUGUCUAUCCAUCCAAUCACUUUGGUACACUGACUGGUCUGCAAUCCCUAAUCAGUGCAGUCUUUGCACUCCUACAGCAACCUUUGUUUAUGGUGGUGGUGGGUCCACUGAAUGGAGACCCUUUCUGGGUGAACUUCAGCUUGUUGCUGUUUUCCCUGGCAGGCUUCCUGCUACCAGGCUACCUCUACUACAACCGUCGUAACCUCAUCAAAGAGAAUGAGGCUAAGGAGAGGCUACUCUCAGAAUCUGGCGAUGCUCAUGCCAAGAAUCUGCACCAUUCUGCCAACGGGCAGCUUUUCAGCAAUGAUACUUCAGCCUAGAUGUAUCAUCUGUCAUCACAGCUCCUAUUACUACACUGUGCAACUCAAAAGAUGUGAAAAUAUUUCUAAAGCAACUAAGAUGUGUGUGGGUACAUUGUGUGUGUGUGUGUGUGUGUGUGUGUGUGUGUGUGUGUGUGUGUGUGUGUGUGUGUGUGUGUGUGUGUGUGUGUAUGUGUGUGUGAGAGAGAAAGAGAGGAGCAAGUUGUUUAUACAUGUAUAAGGUCACACCGGACUAAUUGCUCUUAAUGACACUGUGAUACUUUGUAAGAAAAAUAUAAUUGUAACAGUGUUGCUGCAGUAACGCAUUCUAGCAGUUUUAGAGAUGCUUAGAGCAUCAGAUGGUGUCAAGCUAAAUUAUUCCGCCACCUGACUAUAUUCCUUCAUGCUCUAUCUUACGAGAUCAGGACUGUCCUUUUUUUGGAAGGGACAUCUCUGAAGGAACGAACAUCUCUGCCUGUUUUAAGUUGUUGUUAAGAUUUUGUAACUUUGCUUUGUGAUCAUAGCUAAUGAGGGCUUAAGCGGUGGUAUCAAAACUGUUUGCCAAAGAGCUACAAAAUGUGGUUAUACUGCUUAGGGGUUCCAUGAGGCUGAGCAGUGCAGCUGGGCUGGGCAUAUGUGAAAACAUCAUCACAGAAAUACAAGAAAAGUGCUGGUGAGCUAAAGAUUACCUAAAAGCUUUAGUAGUUUCUGGGUCAAUCUUCCCUGUCUUGUGGUCAGUGAAGAAGAGUCCAUAGCAAAGAUAACAUCCUUGGUCAUAGUAUUAUUCCCUGCUUAACGUCUACUUCAGACAUCAGUUCACUGACAGAGACAGGGUAGGAUAUCUUGCUUUCACGACCUAUAGAAACAAGUUUUGCUACAUUAGCAGAAAAUGAAAAGUAUUACUGUAAGGAUGGAAACAGGAAAUGCCAGUCAGUCAAGAGACUGGAAACAGGAAAUGCCAUUUUCAGACAGAGAACUGGAACUGAUCAUGCUGUUCCUACUUCUUAAGCGCCUUCAUCUGCUUAACGUUGGCUGAAAUAAACAUUUCUUAAGCUCAGCAUCAUUUCACAUGCCCCCUGAUUAUUAUUAUUAUUAUUAUUUUUUUUCUUUGCAUUACAACAACUUUUAUUAUUAUUUUUUCUUUGUAUUACAACAACUUAAGAAGUGUUCCCUUUGUCCUUGUACCAUAUUUAUUGUUAUCACCUGCCACAUUAGUCACUCACUGCAAAUAUACCCUUAUUAUCAAGCCAGGGCUGCCUAAUAGAUAUUAAAGGCAGAAGACUAUAUUAUGAUGCUAAAACCCACUGGAGAUUGCUGUCUGAAGAGGACAGCUUAUGCUAGACAAAGUCUGAUUACACUUUCACCUUAGAUGAGGGACAGCAUACAAUAAACCACCUACAAAUGAGUCAGUACAUGGUGCCAACUCCUUGUCUGUGUCAGAGGUCCACCCAGCAUGGAUCACUUGUCCUGCCCUCCCUCAUGGAAUAAAAGCUAUCACUGCAUGGUCUGUGGUUUCAUACCCAGUGACCUCCCUGAUACUGAAUUUAUUCCUAAAGCAGGGUCAUGAACAAUGCAACUGCAAAAUCCAAUUGCUGACUCAGUUGACCAGGUAGCCUGACAACUUUUAUAGCAGUCUUUCAGGUGGUUGUUAAUUCUGAGGUCAUUAAGGGGCAGUCAGAAGGAAAAAAAAUCUAAACGUGUCUCAGCCUUCAAUACUGACAGUUUGGGGCUUAGUGCUCAUUACAUUUAAUAUGCUAUUGAUUAGCAGCUGCUCUCAGGACUUGCUACUAGAUGAAAGUGUGCUGAUCCGCAGGAUGAUGUAGACAAAGUGCAUGCUUUUAUUUCUUAUUACAGUGGGUUCAGUGGGUGCCCUCCAAAUACUGCUUUUACAUCCUUGCACCUCAUCUGUUCAGGGCAGCUCUCCUUUUCGGUUCCUUCAGAAAGCCUGUUUGAUUUUUUUUGCCCAGUGGGAAUAAUAGUGUUUUUAUACAUUUACUGAUGCUCUUAAUCACCUCAUACCUGUAAUUCUGCUAUUGUUAUACAGCUGACAUUCAUACAGCCUAUGUCACCUCCACUAGAAAGUGAGACUUACAAAGUUUGCUUUUAACUUGUAAAGGUCUGACAUUGUUAGGUGCAAUAAGAAGGUAUACUACUAGGACAGGGACUUAACUUGAGUAUAUCUGCUGUUUUAUUCAUCUCCUAGAUGGACAUAAUUGUGAAUGCAGUCUGUAUUUCAUUAAUGACACUACAUAUUAAUGACAGAGAUGUUUUUUGGAGAAGGGCUCCUGCAAGCUCCCAACAUUAUUUGCUUGACAAGUACACAUUACCAGCUGAAUAAGGAUGGGAGGGCAUUUUUCUGAUAUUCAUCUCCUCCAUGAUAAGUAAGUGAGGUAUAUUAGUUGUAUUUUAGAAAAUGAGCAGAUGAAAAUGCAGUAAUUGUGCAUCCUAACAAUAAUGCUGUCUCCUAUGCUAGGUAGGACAGGGCAGCAAUAUCAUUUAGUUUUCCCUUGCUCUAUCUCCAUAUCAUGGAAAUCCCCCAUUUCAUGAUAAUAUGGCAGUUCAUAAUUUUUUUUUAACUGAAACUUUUUUUGUGCAACUCAUUCAUUUAACAUCUGGACUUAAGACGCAGGCAGCCUCCCCUCCUAAAGUUUUCAAAUUUCAUAGGGAGUGAAUUACCUUAGCUUUCUCCUGUUACAUGUCAUACCUUUACAAGAGUUUUUUUACAUAAGAACCAUAUUAAUGCUAUUCAUUAUUUUUGUGAAAAGUGUAACUAUUUCUGAUGGGAGAAAACAACAAAGUGUAAGCACAUCUCAGUUCUGAAGCAAGUUAGGAAUAUCAGGUGAAGCAUUCGUGAGUAAUAAGCUACAGUAGUAUGUGCUUAAAGAUGUUAAUGUUGAAUCUAAACAUUAAAAUGGUAGAAUGCUUAA